AUGUCCCACAUCAUAUCAUCUUAUGCCAGCCACAUUGCCUUCCUCAGGAAUGGCAUGAACCUGAUGCCUGUGAUACCCAAAGACUGGGCCUUGAAUGCCACAAACUGCGCCAGUGAAUGGGUCGAGCAACAAUUCCUUGCCCACAUAGCCGGCGGAUCCUUGGUGGACCCUCCACCCGGGAUGGACGUCACCACAUUGCUAUCAUGCGGUCAGCUUGCCUGGCUCAUGGCCGAGGUGUAUCGACACCCAAUCAAAUUGGACAUUGAUGUCAUCCGGUACAAUGAGGCGCUUGCAAAACAAGAAUCCAGUAUGAAAGAUGCCCGAGAAGAGGAGUUGUUGGCAAGGUUCCCUCCGCCCGAGAAGAUGCUCUUGGACCGCCCUUCGGUAGUAAUCAAUUCCGGCCACAGGAUCAUUCUCUGGUACAUCCCCAAUGCCCUGAGUCCCUGGAACGACAUGUACAUGGCCACCCUCGCCAUGGGUGAUCUACUCAAGAAGAGCGUCAUCAACAAGGAAUCAGCUAAUUGGAGGACCCGGCAGUCCAACUUCCGACCUCCCGAGGAUCCUGCCUUGACUCCUGGAUGCAUCAACAUAACACCUUGCUGGUUCCAACAAGGAUAUGAGUGCUAUGGCCCUCCUCCCAAUGAUCCGGAUGACAGGUUCAAACCGGAGGUCUCUGCCUCCUUGAAGGGCGACAGGAGCCUGUCCAUGAUCAUGGAUAUGCAGAGACCCGCCCUCCUUGCACCUGCCGCCUUGCGUGUCAUGCACCCUAAGCUUUACUGGGCUUCCGUGAGGACUCAUAUCGAACUCAGUCGUUGGUCGGAGGAGCAAGGCUUGCAUGACAUGCAUCGUUUGCUUAAGCAUUGGGCUUCCGUCUACACCGGUGCCGCUGUCAUGUGCAACCGUCAGUCCCCCGACCACAGAGACCCGAAGUGUCCGCCUGAGGCAUUCGACAUAUUGACUUGCAUCAGGAGCUACCCACACGCUGUCAUGCAGUUGACCAACCUUGGAAUCGAGCUGGUAUACAACCCAGGCGUCAUGGUGAGCUAUUCCGGCCACCUAGUCAGACAUGGCAUCUGCAUUGACGAGGGAGAUCAGAUGGUAUGGGCUUGGUUCCUCUGGGAUAGUGUGCACAACUAUGCCAGAACCCCCCACCCGGAUUAUGCCACAUAUAAUCUGGUCGACCUCCAUGCAUACCAGUUGGCCAAGUACAACCAGGCUGAUUUUGUUGUGUAUGGCAACCAGUAG